AUGGACGCCAAAAAAGUGAAAUCUGGCUCUAGAGAUGCAAUCAUCAACUCGUUUUCAGAUGAGAUACUUGCUAAGAUCUUGUCCUUUCUUCCGACAAAACGAGCUGCUUCUACAUCUCUUAUCUCCAGAAGGUGGAGGUAUCUGUUUCCAUUGAUGUUUCAACUCUUUGCAUCUCAACAUCAUUUACAUUUCGACUACUCAGAUUUAGUUUAUCCCGAGGAGGGUAAAAGUGAGAGGGAAGAUGUUCAGGAGAGCUUUCGGGAUUUUGUGUAUAAAACCCUUUCGCGUUGCAACUCCGUAAAGAAACUCUCACUGAAAUGUCCACGUAGUUCUGCUACUACCGAAACCGACCAAUGGCUACGCCGUGUCCUGGAACGAGGAGAUGUCAUGGAUCUUGAUCUGCGUUUUCCAGUAGGUUUUACUCGUUCGCAAGUAAUCUGGCCUACUAGUGUUUUUACAAUCAAGACGCUGGUUAAACUAACAUAUAUAGAAAUAGAGCGUGGUCCACAUCGAACAGGAUUUCCAAAAGUGUUUCUUCCAGUGCUAAAGAGUCUAUUUCUCCAUGCAGUUUGGUAUGCCUGCGACACCUUGUGUUAUAGUAUGCUUCCUGGUUGUCCAAUACUAGAGGAGUUAUUCGUAAAUUACUGCAGUACCCCAGUUUAUGAUAGAACAAUAUACUCUAUAUCCCACAAAACCCUCAAGAGACUCACAUUGAACUACAACAACAAUAUUGAGCACUGUCGCAUCAUGCGAUUCAACACACCGAGUCUUAUUUACCUCGACUUCUCUGGUUCCGCUCCUACUCCCUGUUCUACUGCCAAAUUCGUGGAUUCCCUUGUUGAAGCCAAACUAGAUGUCGAACUGAAACGGCAAUAUGAAGCUUACAUGAAUCUAUGUACGAUCAUGAGUUGGAUGCGCAACGUUAAGACCCUUUCCCUGGCUUCUGCUUCUGUUAAGGAUAUGUAUUCAAGAUGUGUGGCAUUACCUUUCUUCUCAAACCUUGUUAAGCUUCAUUUUGAGAGUAAUACACAACAAGGUUGGGAAGUGCUUCGGCGGAUGCUCAAUAAAUCCCCAAAGCUAGAGACUUUGAUCCUCAAGGGCCUGCGCUGUGUAAGUAGUGAGGGAGUCUGCAUUGAUCGAAAUGAAGCAAAGGUGUUGGAGUUAUAUGGGUUUAGAGGAAGUGGUAGAGAAGUGAGACAAGUGAAGUGCUUUUUGCGGGAAAUGCAGUGUCUACAAGUGUUGAAAGUCGAAACUCAUGCUGAUGACUACAAGAAACUGCUGCUCAUGAAUUACCUAAUUCUUGGCCUGCCUAAGCGUUCAUCUAAAUUAAAAAUCCUGUUCUUGUGA